AUGAUCGAUGCCUGGGAUGACCCAAAAAACUGCAUGUCCGAGGCAUAUAUAUUUGCUGACGUACUUCUUUCUUCAGGUUCUAAGAAGAAUAUUACCAAGACAUUGAAAAGUCUUGUUCGUUUAUAUUCUUCCUUCUCCUCAGAAGUACUAUCAGUGUUGUUGGAGUUCUUGCUCAAGGCUUUAGAUUCCUCAAAUUUGGUGGAGCUUCCGAAAGAUUGCAUAGUUGGCGAAGACAUGUGUACAUUGUUGGAUGAUUGGAAGCUGGUAACUACAAAAUUCUCAAAGAAGGAACCAGAAGUACUUCUUAUGCUUCUUAAGGCAGUUCUAAAUAUUAUUGACACUCAAGAAGCCAUGAAAUAUGAAAUGGGAACACAUGUCACAUCAUGGGAGUACGGAACAGAGAAUCGCCAAAUUGAACAACUUUCUUCCUUGGUUGCAUGGCUCGUUGGACAGCUCAAGGGACUAAAGCCCCUUCGCUGCAAAGAAUCUGCAGCUGAAAACAAAGCCACUUCAAUAGGAAUGAAUUUAUCAAACUCAAUCCUGAUGGAGGUUCUCCGUAAAUGCCUUCUGGUGUCCUCAUAUGGCAACAAGCAGCUUAUGGAUUCAGCACUACAUCUUGCGCAUUUGAUGGGUGAAAACUCUGUGAAGGAGAAACUCAAAAAACUAAGUUUGCUAGCUUUAUCAGACCCAGAUGUUACCCAAGAGAAGUCUUCUCUUCCGAGUUUGAAUAACCUUCUUACCCAGCAAGACCGAUCCAUCCAUCAGGCUGCCAAGAAGCUAGAGUUUGUUAAACUUCACCGAACAAAGAGUAAAGUUGUUAAGAGAACAGAUGGUAAUGUGGGUACGUCGGGCAGAUGGAUUGUGGCAAAAUCAUGGAACCCAUGUCCAAUUGGCAUGUUGCCUCGUGACCUUGGAUCUUCUGGCCGUCUUCCUGUUCUUGACUGUGACGAUGGUGGUAAAAAGCCUGUGCAAUCAUCAGAAAGGAAGCAGAUCUGGGAACUGAAACAAGGUAGCAUAAGAGAACCUAGUGGAGAUAUUCCUUCAUCAGAUUACCCUAGUGUCGAGAGGACAGGUAGCAAGAGAGAAGCUGGUUGUGAUAUUUAUUCAUUGGAUAAAUCAAGUGUUAAGAAGAUGAGAGAUACAGCAGACAAUUUUGAAUCAGAUUGCGAGAAUGUUUUGUUGUCAAAAGAUGACAAAGGCUGCCUCAUGAUAAAUGGUGUUUGGAAGAAAAUAGGGGAAGAAGAGCUACUUGCUAUUAUGUCUGAUGUGAGGAUUUUGGUGGUAGAAGUCCCCACGAGAACAUUUUUGUGUAAUUGCUCUAAUCUUGUUCAACGUGCUGCAUUAGCAAACACAACAGGGGCAGAACUUUUAGCGCAAAACAAUAACAAGAGCUCUCAUAUUCAUGCUUGUCCAUUUGCGUAA